AUGAAGCUUCUCGUGGCCGGUGCAAGCGGUUUUGUUGGCACGGAGAUCAUACGCCAAAGCCUUCAACUACCUCAGGUCACUACUGUUGUUGCUAUUGCUCGCAAACCUGUGUCUGUUCCUGAUGGGGCUGACCCAGCCCGUUUUAAGAAUGUUGUUGUGAAAGCCUAUGGAGACUUUUUAUCGUGUGUAGCGGAUGAGUUUAAGGAUGCAACAGCAUGUAUCUGGACUGUUGGUAUCACACCAAUGGCGUAUAAAUCACUCGAACCUGGACAAGCACGAAGAAUUUGCCUUGACGAUACGUUGUCCGGACUGGAAAACAUGGUCAAGUUUUCUGUCAAGAAGCCAUUCCGCUUUAUCUACAUGAGUGGCGCCGAUGUAGAGAGAGAUCAGACCAAGACUCCCCCGUUGGUACCUGAAUACUUCCUUAUGCGGGGCGAGGUUGAGAACGGAAUCUUUGGAUUUGAAGAACAGAACCCUGGCCUAGUUGAAGUAGGUGUCGCGAGACCUGGCUUGAUCAUUAAUGACUCUACCGAUUUGAAAGAAGUCAUGGCUCGCCUGGGUAAGGAGGUCACGACCAUCAGACAGGAAUCAGUCGCAGCGGCUCUUCUCCACCAAGCUCUUUAUGGGAUCGAGAAGAAGACUCUAUGGACUGAUGAUUUGAAGCGCAUUGCAGGAUCUCAGUAG